AUUCUUCUGUCGGCAUCAAUGAGCAUGUGAUUAGUAUUCAAGUGAAUGAACCAAUAAAUUUGUCAAAUUUCAAUUUUUUUUUAUCAUUUUUUUCAUUCCAUUCAAUUUAUCAAUCAUGAAAUUAGUUCGAUUUUUGAUGAAAUUAUCACAUGAAACGGUGACGGUUGAAUUGAAAAAUGGUUCUGUGGCACAUGGAACUAUUGCAGGAGUUGAUGUUGCAAUGAAUACACAUCUUAAAACGGUUAAAUUGGUCAACAAAAAUGGCGCUCAACAAACACUGGAUUCGUUGACCGUUCGCGGUAAUAAUAUCCGUUAUUUCAUAUUACCAGAUUCAUUACCAUUGGAGACAUUAUUGGUUGAUGAUACACCGAAAGCUAAAGCAAAGAAACGUGAUAUGGGCAGAAGUGGUGCUAGUGCUGGACGUGGUGGCCGAGGCCGAGGCCGUGGUCGUGGUCGCGGUGGUAUUGGUCGUGGUAGUGCACCACCUCGAAAACGUUAAAAUCAAAUAAUUACGUUCAUCAUUUUAGUAAAAUCAAACACCACCACCACCACCAUCAUCAUCAUCAUCAUCAUGAUUAUUCAUUAGAAAUGAAAUUUGUAAUUUUCU